GUGCAGACCUACCUCGGGCGGCUUCCAAUCGGACGUUCGAGCAUCCGCGUUCCUCUGAUUUUGAUAACACUGAAGUAUUAAUCAAACAGCCAGAGACGCGCCCUAUUAGCCAAGAACAACUUGUAGCUGAGGUAAAAGGCAUUUACGCUGGGCUCGUCAUGGUUGAGUCGAAGUGUAUCGAGGUCGACAACGCUCAAAGUUCAAAUAACGAGACCAAUCCCAAGCUGAAUAAUGAGCAGUGGCAGGCAUUGAUUGCUUUACACCGAACUCUGCUACACGAACACCAUGAUUUCUUCCUUGCUUCGCAACAUCCGUCUGCAAGUCCAGCAUUGCGUCGGCUUGCGAGCAAGUACGCAAUGCCGGCGCGCAUGUGGCGCCAUGGCAUUCAUUCAUUUUUGGAGCUUUUGCGUCAUCGUCUUCCUGCCUCGCUCGAACAUAUGCUUACAUUCAUUUAUUUGGCAUACUCGAUGAUGGCUUUGUUGUAUGAGACUGUUCCGACGUUCGAAGACACUUGGAUUGAGUGUCUUGGCGACUUGGGCCGCUAUCGCAUGGCUAUUGAGGAUGAUGAUCUCAAGGAUAGAGAAGUGUGGACUUCAGUGUCUCGACACUGGUACUCAAAGGCUAGUGAUAAGGCUCCUCAAACGGGCCGUCUUUACCACCAUCUCGCAAUUUUGGCGCGCCCAAAUGCUCUGCAGCAGCUUUUCUAUUACACGAAGUCUCUCUGCGUGCCAGUUCCCUUUCUGUCUGCUCGCGAGUCAAUUAUGACUCUAUUUGACCCGCAUCUCAAUGGCACACAGACGAGGCUGCAGGAGAUCGACGCCGCCUUUGUGCGCGCUCAUGCAAUCCUAUUUUCGGGCAAGAAUACUGAUCAACUCUUAUCGUCAAUCAACGAGUUCAUCGAUAGCUUGGACAAUCACAUCGCACGUCACACUCGUCGCUGGCUGGAUAGCGCAUACUAUAUUUCUAUCGCGUUGGGUUGCUCACUUCUCGAAUACGGUAGCGAAAGCAAUCCCAUCAUGAGAGCUCUUAAAUCUGGCCGUGCCGAUGACGCAGACGUCCCAAUGGAAGAGGCUGAGACUUUCGCUGCUCCAACACAGAAGUUCCUGGACGCCUUGGAUUUCGCAGCUCGCACUCAUAAUGUUGUGCUGAGACGGUUCGGCGACGAGAACAUCCGACCAUACCUACACGUCACUCUCUCACUCCUUCAGCACUUGUCUCAGUUCCCUGCAGCAAUGGGACUGAUAGAAGAGAAGAUGCCUUGGAAGCUCAUGGCUUUGCUUCUUAACACCGUCAUGCCAACCGAUAUCACUACUGAAACAAUCAAGAUCAUUGAGUCGGAAGAAUUCCCCCGGCCAGAUAAAGGUGACCCUCGUCCCCUGCCGGACGAUUUUGCGCAGCGAGGCCUCCUUUGGGUUGAUAAAUACUAUCCAAACGAUUGGUUCACGGCCACGAAAGUGGAUGACGAUGAAAAGUAUUUCGAGGUUGCGUCAAUGAUGGAAGAGCGCUCACAGCGCUGUCUUUGGCUGGGUUGUCGAUUAGCAACAUCGGGCAAGUGGUUGACUUACGACGAGGAAGCGAAGCAAUUCGGCGUGUCGCCGCAAUUCGAUAUAGAAAUCCCUGAUCUGAGCACCGAUGUCACACCUGCGGGAGCAUCUGAAGAUGCCGAUGUGAUCAUUCCAGAUGCGCCUGACGCAAGCCAAUGACGGUGGUGGACUGGUAUUUUCCCUUGGUGGGAAGCGUUGCUAUGGAUUCUUUUGGGUAGAAAUAGGGCGUUUCUCAGGCGUUUUGAUUGUUUGUUUCUCCUGCUUCUGGUUUGUUUUCCUUUCCGCUGCAACGCUUCUCGCUUAGGUGAACCAGUCAUCUGGGCUACAUAUCUGUUAUCUCUGGCCGAAGCUUGGGCUACAGACCAGAGACGAAAACGAUCUGCGAGUGCACACACGCGCAAGGCAGUAUCGUUGUCACUCGCUCAACAAUUGAUCCGGCGAGUGCAAAUUGGGGUAUGGCUAGCGAGCCGCUCGCUUCUCAUAAGUUGGAAAGACGUUGGGGAGAAUUGCAACAGGUGGGUCACUAAGAUUCCAUUCUCAAAGUCUGCGCUGAUUUUGUUCUCAAGUAUAUUUAUAUUGCCUGAAGUAGAUAUUUCAAAAUACAAUUUCGCCAGUAUAAUGUUUCCGUUAUCUGAUUCUGAUGAGAUGGCCGUGAAUCAAGCCCGGGUGCGGGAUGCAGUUCGGCCCGGCCCCGGCGGGAGAUCGGCGCUGCAUAUGCCAACUGGCCGCAAUUAAGUGAAUCUGAUCGAUCGUGAUUCUGCCACUUUUUGAAACUAUAGAGACUUACUGUAAUACAAUGCUGAGUAGAAAUGUUUCAGAUUUGUACCGUAUGUACGUACUCGGAACGGGUUAGAUAUCCCGUCGGCAUUCUGGGGAUCGGCACCGGAGUCUCUCUAUAAGGGUCCGUUCAGGCCAAUAAAAUUACUCUAUCCUCUUAUGCACAUGACUGUACGAAUUCGGAACUUGGUGCAGAGACUUUGCAACUGUAUGCAAUGAUUCGUUACGUAGUAGUUCAUCGGGGCCUAUUCGGAUGAGGGACUGCUUAGAUUCUCGUAUAGAUAACAUCUGAUUCUCACAAUGCAGGCAUGAAAGUUCGUGGCAUC